AUGGACACGCCUCCAACAGGCCGGGACACGCCUCCUGAAGGCUGGGACACGCCUCCUUCUACAGGCAUGGACACGCCUCCUUCUACGGGCAUGGACACGCCUCCAACAGGCCGGGACACACCUCCUUCUACAGGCAUGGACACGCCUCCAACAGGCCGGGACACGCCUCCUUCUACAGGCAUGGACACGCCUCCAACAGGCCGGGACACGCCUCCUUCUACAGGCAUGGACACGCCUCCAACAGGCCGGGACAUGCCUCCAACAGGCCGGGACACGCCUCCUUCUACAGGCAUGGACACGCCUCCAACAGGCCGGGACACGCCUCUUGAAGGCCGGGACAUGCCUCCUUCUACAGGCAUGGACACGCCUCCAACAGGCCGGGACACACCUCCUACAGGCCGGGACAUGCCUCCUUCUACAGGCAUGGACACGCCUCCAACAGGCCGGGACACGCCUCCUUCUACAGGCAUGGACACGCCUCCAACAGGCCGAGACACGCCUCCUAAAGGCCGGGACACGCCUCCUUCUACAGGCAUGGACACGCCUCCAACAGGCCUGGACACGCCUCCUGAAGGCCGGGACACGCCUCCUUCUACAGGCAUGGACACGCCUCCAACAGGCCGGGACACACCUCCUACAGGCUGGGACACGCCUCCUUCUACAGGCAUGGACACGCCUCCAACAGGCCGGGACACACCUCCUACAGGCCAGGACACGCCUCCAACAGGCCGGGACACACCUCCUACAGGCCGGGACACGCCUCCUUCUACAGGCCAGGACACGCCUCCAACAGGCCGGGACACACCUCCUACAGGCCGGGACAUGCCUCGUGUCCUCGGGGGACGCGUCCACACCUUCAGAGCUCAGGAGCCAGUAGGAGGAGCUUGA